AUGGGUAUUAUUGACGGCUAUUCCAUGAUGAUCAUUUCUCAACAGUUUAAGACCAUUAAUGACUUCAUUAACAUUGAAUUUGUAUGCAAGAAGUAUGCCAAUAAUAUGGCAAAAUUUCAUUAUAACCCCAUAUCUCUCACACCAAAAACAAGACGUUUUUUUCCAAAUUUGAACACACUUCGUUUGUAUACAAAAAACGAUUUAUUAUUUACAGACUUAAACAUUACAUCGCAUCACGUUGAGUAUAAAACCAAAUUGAAAUCUUCUGAUUUUGAAGAAAAAACGCUUUCUGAUAUUUUAGAUAGAGCAUUUCCUACAACAUAUCACAGAAUAUGUUACAGUGGAUAUAAUCAUCGUGAUGAUAUUGUGACUAUCCCCGAUGGUGUUCAAAGUCUUUCAAAGUGGUGUUUGGAAAUGUACAGUGCACAGACAAUUCACAUUCCAGAGAGUGUAGUGGAGAUUGGAAGGUCGACGUUUGAGUGUUGUAACAUGGUAGAGCAUUUGUACCUCCCUUCACACCUUACGAAACUAAGUGCGGCGUUCACAUAUGUCUACAAUUUGAGAGAUCUUGUGAUACCAUCACUUGUGACAUAUCUUCACGAUGGACUUUUUGUAAACUGCACGGAACUUACUAAAGUCGAUUUUUCAAGUGAUAUCACCACACUUCCUGAAUACCUUUUUUAUUCAUCAGGAAAAGGAAAAUAUGAAGUGCCUAAUACCAUUACAAAGAUGGAUGAUUAUGCUUUUGCUGAGAGCAAUUGGAAGACUGUUAUUGUACAUGAAAACGUGACUGAUUUCGGCAAAGGGAUAUUCAAAAAUGCCCGUGUCGAACUUGUUGAACUUCCAAACAGUUUGUCUGAAUUUGGAGAUGAAAUGUUCUGUGAAUGCACUUUUUUGACAAAAAUCAAUUUACCACCACACCUGACAAGAAUUGGUGCAAAAUGUUUUGUUGAAUGCAGUGAUUUAAAAGAGAUAAAAUUGCCAACCACAAUCCAAAUAUUAGACGACAGCUGUUUUGGAGAUGUUGAAGUCAAUAACAAAUUUUCGGAAUUAAAAAAUCUAAAAGAAGUGGGUGGAGAUGUGUUAUAUAAAUUCCAUCCCACAUCUUUUGUUAUUCCUGAUAAUUACAAAGUGGCAAAUUGGUUGUUUGAUAAUUGCAAAGAGCUUACAGCAGUUACUUUUAAUCAAACAAUUUGUGAGUUGAACAACACGUUUUGUUGUUGCGAAAGACUCAAAAAAAUUGUGAUACCUGUAACUAUCACCAAAAUCGGUGAUUCGUGUUUCUUAAAUUGUUCUUCUCUCACGCAAAUUGAUCUUUCAAACACUAUUUGUGAACUUGGAGAUUUAGCAUUUGAAAAUUGCGUGUCAUUAAGUACUUUGUCACUUCCAAAAAACGUCACGAAACUUGGAAAGAAGUGCUUUAAAAAUUGUGGAGUACUUUCACAUAUUGAUACAAAGUAUAUCAAACAAAUCGGCAAGUCGUGUUUUAAAAAUUGUAAACAACUUGGCACAAUUAAUGUAGAAUUAACAACAGAAUUUGAAAUGUCAUGCUUUUCACAUUGCAAUUUGAACGAAAUUGUUUUUCCGAAUGAUGUGAUAAAAGA